GACACAAGCCUUGCUUUGUCCUCUUUUCUCGCUUUCCGCCAUCUUUGUUCACGUGGUUGGAAGAGGACUUCAAAAAUGGUUAAUACAACUGGAGUGAGGCGCGGAACGCGCUAUAUGUUCUCUCGAGAUUUCAGAAAACGGGGUGUUAUUCAUCUUUCAACUUAUCUGAAAAACUACAAAGUUGGUGAUAUUGUGGACAUCAAGGUAAAUGGUGCUAUCCAUAAAGGAAUGCCUCACAAAGUUUACCACGGCAAAACUGGUCGCAUUUUUAAUGUCACUAAGCGUGCUGUUGGAGUUGUAGUGAACAAACAAGUCAAGGGAAAAAUCUUGCCAAAGAGAAUAAAUGUACGUGUUGAACACAUUAAGCACUCCAAGUGCCGAGAUGACUUUUUGAGGCGUGUCAAGGAAAAUGAGUUGAAGAAGAAGGAUGCCAAGGAGAAGGGCCUAGUGAAAAUUGAUUGCAAAAGAAAGCCAACUGCACCACGGCUUGCACACUUUGUGCGUACCAAGAGGAACACUCCCGAGACCUUGGAACCAAUCCCAUAUGAGUUUGUUGUAUAAAUCUGAAAUAAACUUGUAAAACAGAG